AUGUACAUCGGCAUCAUCGCGUCCAUGGCGCUGACGGGCGCCAUGUGCGAGAUGGCCGGCGGCUGGCCACUCGCCUUCUACUCCUUCGGCGCCGUCGGCCUGCUCUGGUGCGUCCCCUGGUUCCUGCUGGUCGCCGACUCGCCGGCCAAGCAUCCAAGCAUCGACCCUGCCGAGCGCUGCUACAUAGAGGCCUACGUCCUGCCCAUCAACAAGGAAAGCGACGAGCAUGCUCUGCAGCUGUUUCUCAUGUUCACGGAAGAGACAUUCUCCACCGUGCGUGUCGUUACGUUGCAGAAGCGACUGCCCGUGCCGUGGAAGAGCGUGCUGACGACCCCGGCGCUAUGGGCCCUCAUCGCCAUCAUGGUGACCUUCGACUGGACCUUCUAUAUCUACAUCUCCUCACUGCCCCUCUACCUCGCCAGCGUCCUCCACUUCGAUAUGCAAAGUAACGGCUUCCUGUCGGCUGCGCCCCACGUUAUAAGUGCGGGCGGCAGUCUGUUCUUCGGAUGGCUCACCGAUUUUGUGUUCCGGAAGGGCUACAUAUCCAAACUUCACGGAUUUCGCAUUAUAAACGGAAUGGGUACUCUGGUGCCGACAGCGACGCUGAUCGUGGUCUCGCAGGUGGGCUGCAACGCGCCUGUGAUCGUGGCUGUGCUGGCGAUCAACGGCUUCCUCAUGUCCACCAACUGCUCGGGGCCCUACAUGAACAUGCAUGUCAUCGCACCCAACUACUCCGGGACGGUUGUCGGCAUUGUCAACACAUUCGCCAACCUGACGGGGAUCGUCGUCCCGUAUAUUGUCGGCGCCUUCACCAGCGCCAAUGCAAUGAUCCGCAAACGCUGA